UGUAGGUUGAGGGGGUCAUCUCCAGGGCCCACCCCUGGAACCGUGCAGCCGGGGAGUUGGCUGGCAGCCAGAGUGGAAUUUAUCCAGAUAACCUUGAGUAAGCUUCCGGGGGAGUGCCAGGGCCGCAUCCCUGAGCCCAGAUCCCAGCUGCCCUGGCCACCAGGAAAGACCUGACCUCUGAAAGCAGCCUGCUGGUGCCGUCCUCGGUCCCCACCUCCAGGUGGCCUGGCCGGGAGCGUGGACCCUUCCCUCGAAAGCCUGGCCGAGUUGGCCGGAAGAUCUGGGCGCAGGCCCAAGUCCAGGAAACAAAACCUGGGAGAUGCCAGGGUCUGCUGGCUCGGCCUGCUGGGGAGCUGUUAAAGGGCUGAGGAGGGAGGGGCCUUGAGAUCUGAGGUUCUGGCAUCCCCUUGGCCCAGGACUUUUGCCUCUAGAAUGUAAAUCUCUUUUGCAUGUGUGAACAAGGACUUAGUCUGGGCUGCCAGCAGCUGACUUAGGUUAUCCAGGGAUCACGCCGUGGUUUGACAGGUGAGGGAGGGGUCUUCGGGCACAGAGAAGCGAGGACAGUGGCCCAGGGUGGCACAGCCAAGUGGGCAGAGCAGGCACAGGAGAACGUCUAAGUGACCGUCUCUGCAGGGUGUGGAGUGGGGACUGAAGAGUUGGCCAGCUUGCUGCCUGCGCGCCGUGGCCUGCAGUGUGCGACUUCUGGGGAGGCGUGGUUGGGGAGGACGGGGUCUGAGCCCUACCUAUCUUGGAGGUGGGGUCACCCCCCCACGGCACAUUUAUUGAGCUAUGACAGACAACUUACCCGUUUAAAGUACACACUUCAGUGGUUCUUAGCAGGUUCAUAACUGCAAUUUUAGGGCAAUUUUAUCACCUCGCAAAGAACCUCUGGGGCUGGGCCUUUGCUACCGUGGUGGAGCCACCGCUCGGGAUGCCUGCCUGGGUUUGGGUCUCGGCUCCGUUUCUGAUCGCAGCUUCCUAUUAAGAUGUGCUCUGGGAGGCAGCAGAUGAUGGCCAAGUACUUGGGUCCUUGCCACCUGCACCAGCCAGGAUUAUUGCUGGUUUUUGGGACGUGAACCAGCGGAUGGAAGAUCUUUCUCUGCUUUUCAAAUGAAGUGGAAGUAAAUUAAUUAUAUUUAAAAAGGAAACCCUACCUACUUGAGCCAUCACCCUCCUGUGCUCCAGCCCUACCUAACUCUCAUGAACCUGCUGUUUGUAGAGCUGUCUUUUGAAUGGCAUCAGACAACAUGUGGCCUUCGGGGGCUGGCCGCUUCCGCUCGCUGUAAGGCGCUCUAGACCCCCAGCCUAGCCCUCAGGCGCCAUGUCGGACAGCGACCUGGGCGAAGACGAGGGCCUCCUGUCCCUGGCCGGCAAGAGGAAGCGCCGGGGGAACCUGCCCAAGGAGUCGGUGAAGAUCCUGCGGGACUGGCUGUACCUGCACCGCUACAACGCCUACCCCUCGGAGCAGGAGAAGCUGAGCCUCUCCGGACAGACCAACCUCUCCGUGCUGCAGAUAUGUAACUGGUUCAUCAACGCCCGGCGGCGGCUUCUCCCAGACAUGCUUCGGAAAGAUGGGAAAGACCCCAACCAGUUCACCAUCUCUCGCCGCGGAGGGAAGACCUCCGAUGUGGCCCUCCCACGGGGCAGCAGCCCCUCUGUGCUGGCUGUGUCUGUGCCAGCCCCCACCAAUGUGCUCUCCUUGUCCGUGUGCUCUGUGCCUCUCCAUUCAGGCCAGGGGGAGAAGCCAGCAGCCCCCUUCCCGCAGGGGGAGCUGGAGCCCCCCAAGCCCCUAGUGGCCCCCGGCAGCACACUCACCCUGCUGACCAGGGCUGAGGCCGGGAGCCCCACGGGGGGACUGUUCAACACACCCCCGCCCACGCCCCCAGAGCAGGACAAGGAGGACUUCAGUAGCUUCCAGCUGCUGGUGGAGGUAGCGCUGCAGCGGGCUGCUGAGAUGGAGCUCCAGAAGCAGCAGGGCCCGGCCCCCCCGUUGCUGCACACUCCCAUCCCGCUUGUCUCUGAGAACCCCAAGUAGGCACCUGCAGCAGGGGGGCUCAGGCUUGAGCCCCCUGGCCUGGGGUGCCGUCUGCGUCCCUUCCACACAGAGGGUUUUCUCUGGAUCACUGCCAAACAUCGGGACCGUCUCCUCUGCCCAGAGGUGUUCCGCAGGAAGACGCCAGCAGGCAUCCCUGCCCUGGGCCGGGGACCUCUCCUCUGCGGACUCCUCCCCAUGGUGAGACCAAGAGAUAGGCAUGGUGCUGCUGCUUCUCCAGAGAACCCCUGGAACACACGUGUUCAACCUGGCUUCCUGGGCUGGGCUCCAGGAAGCUGCCAGGUUGAGGCCUGGGCUGGGUCCAAGCCGCCCCUGAGCCGUGCUGCUUCUGUCAAACCAGGUGUGGACAUGUCAGGUUCAUGCAGAGGAGAGGCACCCAGCAGACGGAACAGAACCGACUCCGGUUGAAUGUGCAGUUCUUCGCUAAGCUGUUUAUCCUUCCGUUUUGCUGUGGUUUGCGUCACGGGAGUAGGUAGCCCGGGCGCGGGACUGAGUGCCUUGGUGAUGGAGUCUUGUGAGCCCGGGGUGGCCCAGCACCCUGCCUGCGGGCGCCCGAGCAGGAGGGAGUCUUUCCGUUUUCGGGACCAUCUUGUCUCUGCAGUAGUGGGAAGUUCCAAAUGGUUGACUGUUAGUUUGGGUUACCAAAAAAGAAAUCUUCAGGGUGCCUGCUCUACUGCACCAGGCACAGCAGGGGGGUGGAGUCCACCAGAAUCGCCCUACACCUCCCUGGGCACAGAAGGGAGAAGCGUGGUCAAACCAGAGAGGCGUUUGGUAUUUUGUGUUUGUUUUUACUGUGUUUGGGGGUGGGGUGGGGAAAGUAAGCCUAGACUAAGACAGUGAGUUGUUUUUUUCUCUAACAUUUCCCCUUCUUUGUUCUUGAACACUCUGCCCUGCAGCCUGAGUUCUGAAUUCCUUUAGGAACUCGGAUUAGGGAGGCCGCGAUGGAAAUCCCCAGCGUCUGGUACUUGGAGAGAAGGGAGCCACCUAGUGGCCAGCUGCGGCCGGGCUCUUUCCUGGGUGGUGGGCCAGCGGGCGGCAGUGCUGGGGCUGCAAGUGGGUUCACAGCCCGCCGCGGCCUGGGUCUGGUGCACCUUUCUUUAAACUAGGGUUGCAGGGCCCCCCACGGCGAGCUCCCCUCUUCUGCUGCUGUGUCACUGCUGACAGUCAGCAGACCCCGUCUUCCAUCAUGGACCCUAAGAAACACUAACUUAGGUUAUUAGCCGAGAUGGUUUUGUUCCCUGAAACGCCCAGGUCAGGCACAAAGGGGACUUCAGGAGGUUCCUGGGUGAGCUUGACUGGGACAAAGGCAGCAGCAUGUAUUCUGUCCCCUUUUGGGGUGACCUCCCCCCAUGAUGGCCUGGCCCAUCCAUUGCUUCCCGAGUAGAAUCGCUGACUUAAGGAGCAGGAAUUCUGCUCUGGCCUCUCUGACCUCUUCCUCCUGAGCCCUCUGUGUGUGUGCCCCAGGGGCGUCAGGGAUCCCCGUCGCCUCGGGGCCCAGCUGGGGCAGAGUGAACCCAGGAGCUGCAACUGGCCCAGCCUCCUGCAACCGGCCAUGUGCGCAAGCCUGGCUUUGGAUGACCCUUGAGGACGCCUGUGAUGGGGGGUGCUGGGCCCUGGCAGGGCUUCCCCUCCCACGGUGCACUGAGUGGUAGAAGGGCAAGGGGGUGGAGCCAUGCUGCUGAAUUCUGGUUGGCAUCCCCCCUUGAAGAUGGGGUGUCUGGGGGUGGGGCAGCCCCUGCUUGGGUUUGGUUGCAAGAUAAACCUGGAGGAGAAGCACAGUGGUCCCGUUGAAUAAUUUGAGCAAAGAA